GUAGGCAAUAAGUAAUUGUCAGCUAAAUUAAGUAAGUGUACUUUGUUAUUGAACCCUCUUAUCUUCUGCGACAGUAAAGUAUUCUUGCAACAGACUGACCUCUCUAUCAGUUCAUUAUAAUAUUUGUAAGUCGAACAUGGCCAGUUGAAAUACAAUAAAUUAAAAAUGUUUAGAUUUAUUAAGCGUGGGGAAUUUUUAACAAAAAUUUCAUAUUACAACAGUGCACAAGGCGCGAAACGUAAAAAUAUUUUGAAAAAUGUUCAGCGAUGCAUAAGUGCGCAGAGUUCCAAGUCUGAUACCCUUUUUCCGGAGCGAGUCGAUUUCCCCGACCGACACAUUGGCCCUAGAGAUCAAGAUGUUGUGACUAUGUUAGAUUUUCUAGGCUACAAGAGUCUAGAUCAAUUAACAAACGAUGCAGUUCCGAAGCAAAUACAGCUCCAAGGUCUUAUGAAAAUCGAUGAUCCUAUGAGUGAAUACGAUCUUAUUGAAAGGGUCCGCAACUUAGCAGAGAAUAAUAAAAUAUGGCGUUCAUAUAUUGGCAUGGGAUAUCACAACUGCUGCGUCCCCCAUACCAUAAUGCGAAACAUGUUUGAAAAUCCGGGAUGGACCACUCAGUACACUCCGUAUCAGCCAGAAAUAGCACAAGGACGUCUAGAAAGCUUAUUGAACUACCAGACCAUGGUAAGCGAUCUUACUGGACUGGACGUUGCCAAUGCAUCUUUAUUGGACGAGGGCACUGCUGCAGCUGAGGCUUUGUCUCUAUGUCACAGGCACAACAAAAGGACCAAGUUCGUAGUAUCUAAUCGCUUGCACCCUCAAACAUUAGCGGUGGUACAGACUCGAUUAGACGCGCUAGGGCUCGAGGUGACAGUGGUGCCUGACGUCCAUCAAGUGGACUUUGCUCAGAGGGAUAUAUCCGCUGUGCUACUGCAAUGUCCAGAUACAAGAGGAUUGGUUUACGAUUAUUCUGGUCUCGCCGCCGCGGCUCAUGAACACGGGACAUUAGUAGUGGUGGCAACAGAUUUACUGGCGCUAGCCUUGCUACGUCCACCGGCAGAGUGUGGUGCCGCCUUAGCAGUGGGCACUUCACAGAGGUUAGGAGUGCCUUUAGGCUACGGUGGACCACACGCUGGGUUCUUUGCUGCAGAACACCCUUUAGUGAGGCUGAUGCCUGGCCGUAUGGUUGGAGUCACGAGAGAUGCUGCUGGAAGGGACGCAUAUAGGCUAGCUCUACAGACCAGGGAACAGCAUAUUCGUCGUGAUAAAGCCACUUCAAAUAUCUGCACCGCGCAGGCCCUAUUGGCUAACAUGUCAGCAAUGUUUGCCGUUUACCACGGACCCCAAGGGCUACGGGAUAUCGCUACCCGUGUACAUAAUGCCACUCUCGUUCUUGAUCACGGAGUACAAAGACGUGGUCAUAAGCAAUCCAACGAUGUAUAUUUCGAUACUCUUCAUAUCGUUCCCACUGAGGAUCACGAUGCAGCCGCUAUAAAAGCACGGGCUCAAGAAAAGAAGAUUAACCUGCGUUACUUCGACGAUGGCGCAGUGGGGGUCGCACUAGACGAAACUACCACCAAGCAAGAUGUUGAUGACUUGCUGUGGUUAUUUGAUUGUGAUAAAGUUGAUGAGGUGGUACAGAGUGGUGAAGUCAUCUCGAGAAGUGUUUUAAAGGGCCCGUAUCGUAGAACUUCCCCAUAUUUGACGCAUCCUGUAUUCAAUAUGCACCAUUCGGAAACUAGAAUAGUACGAUACAUGAAACGGUUGGAAAACAAAGACAUAUCACUGGUCCAUUCAAUGAUACCACUUGGUUCAUGCACAAUGAAACUAAAUUCGACGACAGAAAUGAUGCCAUGUUCAUUCAAGCACUUUACUGACAUCCAUCCAUUUGCACCACUCGACCAAUGCAAGGGGUACCACACGCUUUUUCAAGAACUUGCCAAUGAUCUAUGCGCUAUUACCGGCUACGAUCGAGUUUCCUUCCAGCCCAACAGUGGUGCGCAAGGUGAAUACGCUGGGCUUAGAACAAUAAAGCGUUACCACGAGUACCGGGGUGAUACAGGGCGUCACAUUUGUUUGAUACCGGUUAGCGCUCAUGGUACUAACCCAGCUUCCGCACACAUGGCUGGUAUGAGAGUGUGUGCUAUACGUGUUACUCCCUCUGGGGAUAUUGAUAUGGAACACCUUAAAGACUUGGUAGAGGAGCACAGUAGUAAGUUAUCCUGCCUGAUGUUGACGUAUCCGAGUACGUUUGGCGUGUUCGAGGAGCGUGCAGCGGAUGUGUGCGCCUUGGUACACGCGCACGGUGGGCAGGUCUACUUAGAUGGCGCUAAUAUGAAUGCUCAGGUAGGAUUGUGUCGACCAGGUGAUUACGGAAGCGACGUCUCGCAUUUGAACUUGCACAAGACUUUCUGUAUACCCCAUGGAGGUGGUGGUCCCGGUAUGGGACCGAUUGGAGUAAAAGCUCACUUGGCACCGUUCUUGCCAUCACAUCCUGUGGUGAAUCCCUUAGCAGAUUUAGGCGAUGCAGCGCAUAGCUUCGGUUCCGUGAGCGCUGCUCCCUUCGGAUCCUCUGCCAUUUUACCUAUCUCUUGGGCGUAUAUUAAAAUGAUGGGCCCCAAGGGCUUAAAGCGAGCGACGCAAGUGGCUAUUCUUAAUGCUAAUUAUAUGUCACGAAGGCUCGACGGCCACUACAAAACAUUGUACAAAGGUGAAAGGGGAUUGGUUGCUCAUGAAUUUAUAAUAGACGUACGAGAUCUCAAGAAAAGUGCUAAUAUAGAACCAGGGGAUAUUGCUAAACGGCUUAUGGACUUUGGUUUUCAUGCGCCUACCAUCUCAUGGCCAGUUGCUGGUACAUUAAUGAUAGAACCUACUGAAUCUGAAGAUCUUCUGGAAUUGGAUCGUUUCUGUGAAGCACUUAUUACGAUAAGGAAAGAAAUAAAAGACAUUGAAGACGGUAUUAUAGAUAAACGAUUAAAUCCUGUAAAGAUGGCUCCACAUACACAGCAGGAAGUUAUAACAGAGGACUGGAAUCGCCCUUACACGAGAGAGCAAGCGGCUUUUCCUGCUCCAUUCGUAAAGGGAGAAACUAAGAUUUGGCCAACAGUUAGCCGAAUUGACGAUAUGUACGGCGAUAAGCAUCUCGUAUGUACCUGCCCACCUGUGAUUGACGAUUUUUAGUGUAAGGAUAUCAUAAUAAAGUGUAAAUUAAAUAAUACAAAUGCAGUUGCAAAUCGUAUUUAAUUUGUCAAUAUUGUCGUAUAAUAAAUAAUUAUUAUCUUUUA